ACGCGGAAGCAAAGCGCGAGCACAUUCCACGUCACUUGAGGUGGAUUUACUAGCUCGAGCCAGAGCCAGAGCCAGGAUCCUGACAGGAGAAUUUAGCGCUUUGACGUUAAAGUCGCCGGAUGUGAUGCCACGAGCAUUUUGGCUUCACGCUGAAACUGACAGCGAAGGGAAUAUCAGCGGGUUUUAAAUAUAAACGGAGGUUUCAUCUCAAGGGUGUCUGAACUGGUGCUUGAUCUUAAUGGGCGAGUCAGGGACACGCCGCUCCACCCUGGUCUCCAGGCUGCCCAUCUUUAGACGUAGUGUGCGAAAGAGGCAGGACUCGCUCCCCUCCUCACCCUCGUCCGGUGGUGUUGGCAAUGGCGUCCACACUUCCUCUCCUUCCAGCACGAAUUCCAGUUCUAGCAGCACGGGCAAACGGCGCAGCCUGUUCCGCACACCGUCCCUCAGCUUCCACAGCAAGAGGAACAGCGACCCGACCCAGCUCAGCCUGGACAAUAACAGCCCGGGAUCUGAGGUCACCUUUCGAGAUGAUUCCAUCUCAAAGACACGACAUUCAUUCGGAUUUGGUGGACACAAGAAGAAGAUCACCCGAUCUCAGACAGAAAACCUAGAGAAAGCGUCCACCAACCGCAGCGUGUUUAUUAAUUGCAUCAGCUCAGGGACCAACGAGGGAGAUGAUUCGGGGUUCCUCGAUGAUGUGAGCAGCAAGAGGUCUUCCAAGCAUAAGAAGCAGCUACUGCCCAAGUCCUUAUCAGCUCACCAAAGGUUUUCCAAGAACUCAUCCAAUGUCCCAGACAUUGGUCAGGAUGGUGUGGAAGAUCCUCUUAAAACUGUUACGCCAGGUUCCUGGCCUGGAGAACUGGCUGAGAGUUCUCUACAAUCGCCCAUUAUCUCAGAAGACCGCACCACGGCAAUAACACCGUCCGAUUUUGUUCACGUCACUGAAGACUCGGUCUCAGAAGUGGACGCUUUGCCAGUCCCCAGUCCAGCUGCUCCACCUGAAAACUUCAGCCAAGCUCUUUCUCCCUCGCAGGUGCCCUUCUCCCCACCCCAGGCCAGCACGGAAAAGCACUUACUGCCAGAUACCAGCCACACAGCCAACACACAGUGUGAGAGCACCACUGCCCAUACAGAACCAGUAACACUGCAGACAGUGCAAGAGCUGAACUCUAACAAUAACCCUAAUGCUAACCCUGACCAGUCAGAGGCCAGUGAGACUGAUCAAGCUCCAGAACUGAGUGAGGACAGCAGCUCCAACCCAGACGCCCGUGAAAAGCGGUCUAGGAACACUGUGCUCACCCAGCAGGCAGGAAGAUCGUUAUGCCUGAGCAAACUAGAGACCAGGCCAAGUCUCCUGAGAAAGCCGCACACAGUGUCCAUGUGCAGCAGUGUGAGCCCGUACCAUGAGGUGAUUCGCUUGGAUCGACGUCUGCGGUCAGCCUCUGAGGGUGCAGGAGGACCCAGUCUUCACCUCAACCUCAGGGAUCCUCACUGCAUGGAGGGCAACACUUUAUCCAAGCACAGAACCACUUCUUCAUCUUCCAAACUGGGCAGCUUGGAUGUUUUGAAUAACCUUGGCUCAUCUGAGUUGGAUGAGGAUGACCUGAUGCUGGAUCUUGACCUCUCUGAUGACCAGCGACCUCACCAUGCCUCACGGGAGGAUUCGAGUCAAUCCCUUGCAUCAUGCCUUAACCUGCUGCCCUCACCUCUGGAGGCCCCCACCGACAGGACCCCUGGAAGAGAGCCCAAGGAGACCCCCCUCAGGGAGCAGCGAGCGUUGUCCCUCUGUCUGUCUCGUGAUGAUGAAACUUUGCCCGGGCUGGAAGCAUUGCCGUUCAGGCUGAUGCAGCAGGACUGUACAGCGCUAAAGACGCUUCUGCUGCGGUUACGCAGGACCCUGCAUGAGAGCACUGAGAUCAGUCCUGCCAGCAGCCUUCACUCUCUACCCAUAAGCCCCUGCAGUGAGAUGUCACUCCCCUUUAAGGAUCCUGGGAGAGAAGAGAACCAGUUCCUGCAACAGCAGCUGAAGGAGAGAGACGAGCUCAUUGUACGACUUCAGGCUGAGUUGGAAUCCACCCGUGCUGCUCUGAAAUCUCUUUGCCAAAAAGCUGACAAAAGCACUCAGACAGAUUUCUUACUCUCAGAGGCAGUCUACCCAAGUCGACCCACAGGCCAAAACAGCAACAUUCCCAGCAGCAGCCUCACAAGGGAGCGAAGGGCGACACGAACGUCCGCCGCAGACCAUCACAGUCAGCCUUGUGAAGAGAGGGCUUGCAGCAAUGGCGGAGGAGGAUUGCGGGAGCCGCUACGGAGAGCUGAAGGUGGGCAGUCCAUGUCUGAGUUACCCGGGACCCGGAAGGCAGAGCACCCGGGGCCAUCUCAGAUCCCUCGGGCUGUGGCUGGCAGCAGCGUGAGCCUCCCCAGCAAAGACAGUCCCUCACGCAGCCUGUCUUCAGACAGCGAACGGGGGCCAGGGAGCGAGCGAGGCCCUAUUCCCAGGCUUCAGUCCUCCUUUACUGCCCGUCUGGGUCAACCGCCCCGUGGGCCUCUGUCUUUACACAUGUACACCCGAAAGAACAUCUUCCUACAGCACUCGCUCCAUACAGCCGAACUGCAGGCUCUUGCUCAGCAGGACGGUUGAAACACACACACACACACACACACACACUCACACACGCACAUAAAGAAAACUGACACAUGCCUCAGAUGGAUGUGACCUCUUGGUGCAGUUCCUCAGUGACCGCAAGUACCUUCACACCCACUUUUCCUCUCAAACCUCAAAUGAACUUUAACCACACACUGAGACUCAUCUCAUCUUUUGUGGAGUUAAAGUAAUCAUCUAUAUUCCAAUCUGUCGUCUGCACUACUUAAGCUUUUUUGAAGGAAUGAUAUAUGCUGCUCUGAUACUUUAAAUUGACGGUACAUUUGGGUGAGAGAUUCACUCGCAACACUAUCACAUUUUACAGCUCUGCUGAAACUCUAGAGAUGAUAUCAACAUUUUCUGUUGCAUUACAUUUAUUAAAAGAAAUCCAGGAUCCAACAUUAAAACUUACCGAGUAAGUUCAAGUAAAAAAUUGGUUUUGGCAAGUUAAUUGUACAAUUUGGUAACCCGGUAACUCCAUUAUGAACUAUAACAUAGUGCUGUAAGCGAUCAAUUAAAUGUCUAGCUUAAGAACAGUUUCUCCAGAUCUACAUUUGGUGACAUUACAGUUCAAAUGUUUGGAGAUUUUUUUUUUAUGCGUCUUGAAAGAAGUUGGUUACGCUCACCAAGGCUGCAUUUAUUUAAUAUUGUGAUAAACCAUAAUAUCUUUUAAUAUUAUUGUAAUUUAAAAUAACUUCAAUAUAUCUUAAAUAUGAUUUAUUGCUGUGAUGGAAAUCCUAAUGUUUAGCAGCAAUUAUUCUAGGUUUCAGUGUCACAUUUUUAUAAUAUGCUGAUUUGCUGCUGUAGUAACAUUUCUUAUUUUUCAAUGUGGAAAUCUGUUGUGCUGCUUAAUAUUUUUGUGGAAACUUUUUUUUUUCAGGAUUGUUUUAUGAAUUUAUUUGAAAUAGAAAUCCUUUGUAAUGUUGUUAAUAUGUGCAUUGUCACUUUUGAAUAAAUCAACUGAAUGACUCCUGCAAAAAAAAACAACAA